CGUCUGACGAGGGCCAAUCAGCUCUCGCUGCCCGCUGAUGGACGCAGGUCCUGGCCAAUCACAGAAGGGACGUGGAGGAAUGGGGCGGGGCCUGAGUGCUGGAGACUCUGUGUUCUUGAGUGAGUGCUCAGAGAGAGAGAGAGAGAGAGAGAGAGCGCUCCGUCCGUGCGUCUGAUUCUGCUGCGCGUCCCUCUCACUGCAGCUCUCUCUGUGUGUGUGUGUGUGUGUGUGUUCAUGGCGGCGGCGCUCCUUCAUCAUCUUCAUCACUGAAUUCACCGCAUCGGCGCAGGGUCCCGCUCAUCUGUUGCCGUGGUGAUGGGCUGUCGACUGUCACGGCCAUGGAUGGGAGACAGGACGGGGGUUCACGGUCGGGAUCUGACCCACCUGCAGAAGCGAGAGGCCUUCCGUAUCCUGGCCAGCUACGAGCAGCCAAUCACGCUUCAGAUUGAGGGCCGGGGGCGGAGCCUGCAGUACAACAGGACGACGGACUGCAGCACGCAGACGGAGCGACCCUGGGAUCCUCUCCGGCUGAACUUGUGCACUCUGCCACGACUGCCUCCCUCGGACAGGGCGUACUACGAUCACAUGUCCCUGCCUGGGACCCGUAGAGACGGAGGCAGGUGCGAGUACCUACCGAACACGGCCCAAGACCCGGAGCACAGAGAACGACUGGCCUACACUCUGUCCAGCGGCGCGUCUCCGGGAGAAAACUGUCUGAUCGGAUGCUGCAACACCAACCUGGAGGAACCCCGAGGUUUCCAGAGUCAGACUGAUGACGAUGACUACACGAUGGAGAGACCCCUGGGUCACCUGCCUCUUCAUCACGAGCUGGACAGCGGGCUCGGCUGGACGGACGGUAGCUUCCACCAGGGGGAGCUGUCAGGGGUGGAGACGGAGGAGGGGCUUGAGGAGUGUCACGGCAGGUCGCCGUCGUCCGAGUCCUUCAUCUCGUCUGAGCUGAGCGACUCGGGUUUCCACAGCGUCAGCACCAGUGAGUUCCUGCGCUUCCAGCGUCUGCUCGAGAAACGCAUGCGCCAUUACAACGCCCGCAUGCACCACCAGGGGGAGCCAUGCUCUCAUGAGCGGUGCGACAGCCAGAUAAAACACCCCCUAGAGGCCAUCCCAGAAACACUGACGGUGCAGCCUCAACACGUCUGCGCGCCCGUCCUGGGAUCACGAGGUUUGUCAUGUGUUUCGUCCAUGCAGUACCACAAGGCAGAGCGUCCGUGUUUGAACAGGCACAGCUCCAGUAGCGGCUCGCUCUUCAAUCCCGGCCCUCAUCCGAUUUCUGCGGGAAUGCUGAGAAGAAGCAGGACGCUGCAUCACCGCUCAGCACCAGUUGAGUACCGCAGACGAGCGAGUCACCCGGCCUCGCCCAACUACUGUAGCGCUACGCUGCAUCCCUGCGUCCACAGAGACGACCCACCCAUGAAUCUCCCUCAGGAGCAGGACUUGUCACUUAUGCACACCAUUGCACACCCUGUUGUACACCCCGCUGCACUCCCUUCACACACUCUACACGCAAUGAGUCAACCGUCCCUGAUCUCUCCAGUUCACGAACACUGCUGCAUGCCUCUGGAUCUUCACGCCAACGGCAGGAUCAGAGCAUCCACUGAACCGCAGCUCCAGAGGACCCAACAGACUCCCAACAACAGGUUCCACACCCUAAGUCACACACCCAGUCAGGACUCCAACGAAACCUGGCCAAAACUCCCCAACCGCGCGGUAUCUGUUGGUGGAAGCGGACUCUACAGCACCUUGGAGGGCCAUGCGCCCACUAGGAAACCACCCGGUGGGAAUUUGCGUGCUUUGCGAAACCAGAUGCUGCGGGAACGAGCCUCAAGAUUGGCGGACGAGCGUAGCGGCAUGAGCACGGACGAAGAGAGUCACAGCGAGGUCCGCAUGGGUCGCUACUGGAGCCGCAGCGAGCGCCGCGAACACAUGCUGCAGAACCAGCGACAGGCCAGAAACAAUGACAGCUGCAGCGUAGCUACAUCAGGAUUGGCGCAUAGCGGCGGAGUCGUGGGAGGAGCUAACAGAGAAAGUUGUAGCACUGUUCUCGAACUGAGCCAGAAGAAACUAAGUCGCAUGAGGAACCGGAAGCUGCUGGACGACUGGACCACUGUAGAGGAACUCCUAACGCACGGAUCACGCCUGGGUCCUAGCGAAGCCCCCCGGCAGCUGCCUACGUCAUUGCUCACCGUCACAACUGUAUAACGACACUCAACUAGCAUGUGUUCAAGUUGACUUGUGUGCGUGUGUGUGUUUGUGUGUGUUGGACCGGCCGCACUACACAAAGCUACCUCCUGACAUUGAGGCUUACAGACGAUUCCUAACACCGUAGUACAUUGAUUUUUAAAUGUUAUAUUUGCAGUAUCUUGUUUCGCAUUGUGUUGUGAAGAGACGUUUUAUUAGAAAGCAAAUUCACUGCAGUUUGAUUUGACCGCAUGAAGCAAUACAACAGAUUACGAUGCCAGAUUAAACCAAUUUUUCAUUUGGUGCCAAGAAAAGUUUACGUUACGGAUCAUUUUAAAGUGGUGCUAACCGUAAGAUUUAAUUUCUUCAACAUGAUUUGCAACUAAACUACAAACGACAUCCGAAUUACAUCAGUUAUGCACAAAAUUUCAAGAAACCCCUUUCCGACUGUCUUGCUCUAGCUAAUUUGUGGUGUUAGCACAGCCCCUUCUCCUUUCAAUCAUAAAUCUGAUUCUCUGGGAAUAAUAUCGGAUAAUCUAACGAUGGAUCGGGAGUCAGAUACGCCGUUGAUUGGGUGUGCAGGGUCAUGCUGGAGAUCGGGCAGCAGAAACAUUAGU